ACUUGAAAGUCGCGCGCGCACCAAAAGCUUCGAUAAGGAUAGCACUGCUCCUGCUGCUGCUGCGACAUCCGCUGGGGCGACUGCGAUGCUCCAGCAGGACGUGUUGUUUGAGACGUCUCAAAAGGUUCUCCAGCAGGAUUUGCUGCUGCAGCAGCAGGAGGGGCGGGCGUGCGGGCUGGGCAUCGUGCCGUUCCUGGAGGGAAAGCACGUGCUCAUCACGGGCGCCACGGGCUUCAUUGGGAAAGUUUUGGUGGAGAAGAUACUGCGCGAGCAGCCGGGGGUGGGGCAGCUGUAUCUGCUCAUCCAACCCACGCCCCGCGCCACUGCAGCGCAGCGCCUCAAGCAACAGGUCGUCCCGUCGCCCGUGUUCUCGCUGCUGCGGGAGCGGCAUGGGGAGGGCUACGAGGCGUUCAUGGCAGCCAAGCUCACGGCCGUGCACGGCAACGUGGGGGAGGACGGACUCGGGCUGGCUGCCCACGCCGCUGCUGCUCUGCAGGAGUCUGUGGAUCUGAUCUUCAACUUCGCUGCGACUGUUGACUUUGAAGCCGGCCCCGUAUGUGCAUCUGCAUCUGCAUCUGGGUUGCUAGCCUUCGCCAAGAAGUGCACGCAGCUGGAGCUGCUGGUGCAUGUGUCCACUGCCUAUGUGAACGGGCAGCGCGAGGGAACGUGCAUGGAAAGGCCCUUUUCUCCGGGCGAUAGCAUUGCUGCUGAGAUGCUGGGCGGCUCUUCCACCCCCUCUGCCCCCACUGCUGCUGCUGCUGCUGCCGCCACCACUGCUGUUGCUGCUGCUGCUGUUUUCGCUGCUGCCACCAAUGCUGCUGCUGCUGUUGCUGCUGCUGACCCCACUGCUGCUGCUGCUGCUGCUGCUGCUGCUGCUGCUGCUGCUGCUGCUGCUGCUGCUGCUGCUGCUGCUGCUGCUGCUGCUGUUGCUGCUGCUGACCCCACUGCUGCUGCUGCUGCUGCUGCUGCUGCUGCUGCUGCUGUUGCUGCUGCUGCCCCCACUGCUGCUGCUGCUGCUGCUGCUGCUGCUGUUGCUGCUGCUGCCCCCACUGCUGCUGCUGCUGCUGCCACCACUGUUGCUGCUGCUGCUGCGGCUGCGGCUGCCACCACUGCCGCUGCUGCUGCUACUUCCCCUGCUGCGGCCUCCAAAGUCCCUGUGCUUGACCUGGAUGGGGAGGUCGCACUAGCGUUGAGGGAGCGAGCGGCGGUGGAGGCAGAUGCAGAGGCGAGAGGGGCGAGUGUGGAGGAAGUGGCAGCGGCGGUGGAGGCGCACAUGUCCGCCCUGGGUGCCGACAGGGCGCGUACCUUUGGGUGGCAGGACGCGUACGCGCUGUGCAAGGCAAUGGGGGAGAUGGCGCUGGUGGAGCAGCAGGAGGGGGCGCAAGGGGAGGGGGAGGCGGGGGGCCCGGCUGGGGGAGGAGCGCGUGUGCCGGUGGUGGUGCAAGUCCUCAUUUCGGCUGCUCGCUUCAUUCCUCACUCCGUCAGCUCGCUUGCGCCAGGCACUUCUUUGUACCUUUCCCCCUCACACUCGUCCUUUCCUCCUCACACUCGUCCUUUCCCUCUCACACUCGUCCUUUCCCCCUCACACUCGUCCUUUCCUCCUCACACUCGUCCUUUCCUUGACACCGACCCUUCUCACUUGUCCCUUUCGUGUUGGUGCUGUGCAAGCACCAGUGUGCCAGAUGCCAUUCUCUCUCCCAGCAGGCGGCAAGAUUUUCAAUUGACUCACCCUUGUCUUGUCCCUUCCUUUGCGCCUCCCGGUCUCACGCUCGUAUCACACUGCUCGCAAUCGUUCCACAAUGCCAGGGUGGCGGAUCCCGUGCUGAUGGCGUUUGCCAAGGGGGACAUACCUGGCUUCCACGCUCCGCCAGACGGCAUCUGUGACAUUAGUAAGGACGUGUUACAUUUGUUCACACCGAAGGAGGAUCGGGGUCACAGGGACCGGAUCCGGAUCCGGAUAGAGGAGCAGCCAGGGGGGCAGCCGGGGGGGACCGGAUCGUCCCAGGGAGAGCAGCAGCCAGGGGGGCAGCCGGGGGUGGCCGGAGCACCCCAGAGAACACAGCAGCCUGGGGGGCAGCCGGGAGUGACCGGAGCACCCGAGGGAGAGCAGCAGCCAGGGGGGCAGCCGGGGGUGACCAAAGCACCCCAGGGAGUGCUACAGCCAGGGGGGCAGCCGGGGGUGACCGGAGCACCCCAGGGAGUGUUACAGCCAGGGGGGCAGCCGGGGGUGACCGGAGCACCCCUGGGAGUGCUACAGCCAGGGGGGCAGCCGGGGGUGACCGGAGCACCCCUGGGAGUGCUACAGCCAGGGGGGCAGCCGGGGGUGACCGGAGCAUCCCAGGUAGAGGAGCAGCCAGGGGGGCAGCCGGGGGUGACCGGAUCGCCCCAGGGAGAGCAGCAGCCAGGGGGGCAGCCGGGGGUGGCCGGAGCACCUCAGAGAGAGCAGCAGCCACGGGGGCAGCCGGGGGUGACCGGAGCACCCCAGAGAACACAGCAGCCUGGGGGGCAGCCGGGAGUGACCGGAGCACCCGAGGGAGAGCAGCAGCCAGGGGGGCAGCCGGGGGUGACCGGAGCACCCCAGAGAGAGCAGCAGCCAGGGGGGCAGUCAUUGGACGACCGGGAGCAGCAGUUGGAGGAGUGGUGCCGACUUUUGGAGUUUGAUACCCCCAUGGCGACUGCGGAGGAGUCAGAGGCGGACGGAGAACCUCCCAUGCCGCCUUCCCCAUGCCCUCGUUUUCCGUGUGACACGUGUUUUCACACGUUCGCUACGCGAGGGGCUGCUGCGAACCACAUGAGGGUAUGCCGGGCGGCUGAGGCGGAGAGGCGCGCGCAGGCACUUGGCUCGAUCCCGUCACUGGUGGAGACCGACACGCAGGAGCGACCGACGCCGCGGGAAUUGGGGGACGAGGCGUGGGCCGGGGUUACGUCAUGGGAAUGGGAAGCAUUUUUCAGUGUGGAGGCGGUUGGAGGGAGGACAGUGCGCCGGAUCCCACUGCGGGCUCGGUCGGGGGUCUUAGACGCGCUCUGUUGCGUCUUAAAGCGUUUGAAGAGCCGACCGGGGGAUGAAGCUGCUACCCUCCUACUCUUGGCGUUUCCGCGCCUCAUCCUAGCCGUGCCUCCCAAGCCAGGCAUAGGACAGAAGGCGCUGAUCAUAGAGCGGUUGGGAGCGUUCUGGGAGGGGAGGUGGCGGGAGCUGUUCGACUCUGCCAUGGUGGCGGCGCGGCCAGCAGUGCGCCCACUUGCCUACACUUGCUCUGACCAGGACCCGGAUGCCAUCCGCCUGUCACGGCGCCUCCCUGUCCCCCUACAGCGCGCGCAUUCGUCGCCUUCCGGGGAGCGUUCCGCCGCACGCGCGUGCAAACGGGCGGCAUGGAGCGUCAGCAGGCAGGCGGACAGACGGAUGAGCGUCGCAUGCCGUGCAGCAGAGAGCGGUGACGUGGCGCCUGCUGAUUGGGUGAACACGGCAGGGACGCACAAGCGGCCCCAGCAGGUGUUCUACUCCAAAAAGGGCGAGAAGUUUCUGUUACAAACGGGCGAGAGGAUGGAGCUGAUGGAGUUACCCGAGGGUACAAGAGUGGUGUACCCUGGGCUGUGCAAGGAUGGCGAAUCCAACCCCAACAAGAUGCGAGCCAUGAUACGCUACGCUCUGGACAACCCUGUGGGGCAGCCGCCGCUAAAGGAAAGACUCCAGCAGAUCAAGCAGGCCAAUUCCAACCCCAAGAUCCUGAUGGCCUUUGAUGAUGUGAGCGUGCCGCUGCCGCCCAUGCGCCGCCCGGACCUACGGCAGCUGAUCAUGGAGGAAGCGGAGAGCGACUGCGUGGCAGCGGGCAUCACAGACAUCCGUUUCGUGUGCUCCAUCGCUCUGCACCGCUACAUCCGCCCGGACGAGUUCCGGCACAUCUGCGGGGGGUACCUGUAUGGAAAGUACUACCCGCAGCGCAUGGGGAAUUACAAUGCUGUCGACAUGGACGAGACUGUGGAUAUCGGUGUCACACGGCACGGGGAGGCUGUUCAGAUCAACCGGCACUUUGCGGAGGCGGAUCUGGUGGUGUAUGCGAAUGUGAACUACGUGAGCAUGGACGGCGGGUACAAGUCCUACGCCACUGGCCUCGCAUUCCCAGCCAUGGGCCGCAGCUUGCAUGCUGCUGAGCCCUCACCUCACCUGUGCUGUUUGCGAUUCCUGUUCUGUGUGUGCGCGGCGCGUGCAUGGAUGGAUGGCAGGUCGCUGUUUGACCCGACGCGCAGUGCGCUGCACAAGUCGUUCCACCGCAUCGGGCGCAUGAUGCAGAAGCACACCGACGUCUUCCAUGUGGAGACUGUCGUUGACGACCAGGUCUGCCAUCCCAUGCCGCAUGCCUGCAUGCAUGCCCACUUGCUUCCAUUCCCACAUCCCCAAAUGCCCCCAUGCCCACAUGCCUGCAUGCCUGCAUGCCUGCAUGAGCACCUGGGUGAUCAUGCCUACCUGCCCGUCCGCCUCCCUGCACCAUGCUCCAGCUUCCCUGCAUCCUCCUCUCCUGCGUGGCCGCCUGCCCUUCCACAUCUGCUCUCCAUCCUGCCUCUCAACCACGCGACUGCGUCAAAUGUUUACUCACCCCUCUCCCUCCCCCCGGUGCAGCUGUUCCCGUUCUACACGAACUUUGUGUCGGAGCUACUGUUCCCAUUCUACACGAGAUUUGUGUCGGAGCUAGUGCGCAACAUGAGUCCGCUGCAGAAGCUCUUCAUGCACUCCACCAUUCUGCUGCUCAAGGUGGGCCAGGGGGGUGGGGGAGAGCGAGGAUGUGCGACCAGGGGCGAGCAGGUGAGCAAGCUGCUGCCGCUGUGGCUGUGCGUCAAGGUUUUCUGGUUCAUGCGAGCCCCGUUCGGCCUGCUGCAGGUGACAGCAGGGGAGACCCAGGCGGUGCAUGAGAGGACACUGGCUACCAUCUACCGGGACAAGGUCAUGGACGUGCAAGGGCAGGCAGACAUCCUCAUUCUGGCGCCCAGUGCAUUGGGGCCCUACACCAAAGACAUGUACCUCAACCCCCUCCUCGUGAACACAUACGCACUGGGUUACUAUUACAACAUGUAUGUGGAUGGCGUGCCUCUACUCAAGGAGGGCGGCUGUGUGAUAAUGGUGAACGAGAUGAACUACGAGUGGUCAUCGCCCGCACACGACGCGUACCGGCGGCUCUUUGAGGAGGUGCUGGCAGUGGCGCCAGAACUAGACGAGUUUGAGCGCCACCAGCAGCAGUUCGUGCAGGACGAGCAGCUCAAUGACAUCUACCGCCAGGGCCUGGGGCCUGCUGCCGUGCAUGGCUUCUACAUGUACACGUGGGCCGCUCAUGGCAUGGAUCAGGUGGGCAAGGUGUAUGUGGUGGGUGCUGUGGACCCGCGGGGGCCGGCGGUGCUGCGGUGGGAGAUGGCAGACAGCAUACAGGACGCUGUUGACCAGGCGCGCUUGUUCCUGGGCAACAGCAAGGCGGAGGUGACGUAUCUGAGGUGCCCGCUGGUGGGGUAUGUGCGCGUGCACACGGAGGGGCAGGGGGAGGGCAGUGCUGCCGAGCAGGUGCAAGGGGAGGCAGCGCAGGCAGUGGGCAAACACCAGUGA